ACUAGCAUAGCCUCUCCACUCUCAGUCUCUCACUACGUUCUGCUCAAACAGCGUGCAUGGCUAGCACAACGACGAUGGCCCGUAUCUCCUUGUCCGUGUCGCUCGCGGCCAUCCUUCUCCCCCUAGCUCUCGCCACCUUCCCCCACCGCGCGCUGCUCCAGUCCUGCCAGUCCAACGGCUCCAUCCGGGGCAAGUCCGGCAGCUGCAACACGGAGAACGGCUCCGAGUGCUGCGAGGACGGGAAGCGGUACACGACGUUCGCGUGCUCGCCGCCCGUGACGGCGCGCACCCGGGCCACGCUGACGCUUAACAGCUUCGCGGACCACGGCGACGGCGGCGGCGCGUCCAGCUGCACCGGCACGUUCUUCGACGACGACGUCAGGGUGGUGGCGCUGUCCACGGGGUGGUUCAGCAGGAGCAAGCGGUGCCGGAAGAGCAUCGUGAUCAGGGCCAGCAACGGCAGGUCCGUGAAGGCCAUGGUCGUGGACGAGUGUGACUCCCUCCACGGCUGCGACACCGAGCACAACUUCGAGCCCCCCUGCGCCAGCAACAUCGUCGACGGGUCCCCCGCCGUGUGGAAGGCGCUCGGCCUCAACACCGACGAUGGGGAGGUGCCCAUCACCUGGUCUGACGCGUGAGGGCGACGCUCUAAUCGCCUGCUCUGUCUCUGCGUAGUAACACAAUUGUCGCUGUCGUCGUCAUCGUCAUCGCUAGUGCUCCGUACGCAUUGCGUAUACAUCUGCGUACGACGUUCUAUGUCUAGGAAAGCUUAUUACGUACCCAUACACAUAUAUGUAUGCGUCGCUUUUGUCGAUCGAUCUGUUAGGAAAUGUCAAGUGUGCAAGUGUAAUGUCUUCUUUCAAAUAAUGCAAAGUGUUGU